AUGUCAUCCGGAGUUGUUGGUUGUACUCAAGUUGCUUCAAAGAGUGUAGAGGGUCGCAUGGAGGCUCAAGUACAGCUCAUGAAGAGUCAAAUUGACUACUUGCAUGAUGCUUUGGCCGAGGUGAAGGAGGCAAACCGAGACUUAUCUCAAUUGCUUUCAAAUCAGCAAGAUAAAGCUAUGGUAAGUUUUGAGAAAAUUGCUGACAAUUUAAGAGUCUUAUGUCAUCGUUUUGAAGUAAAACAAGUACCCUCGUAUGCUGGAAUGUUGCAAGUGUUAUUGCCUUUGUUUUAUGGUUGCCAUGGAGACUAUGAUACUUGGGAAAAGAGCAUAGAGAAUUUGUUUGUGUUGCUUAAUAUAGAGAUAGAGAGUGAGAAUAUAGCCUUAGCUAUAGGUUGUUCUCGUUCUAGUGCUUUGAAUUGGUGGAUGAUAGUUUCAAAUAUCUAUUUACAUCAUUGGUAUCGUAACUUGGAUGAUUGGCAUGAUUUGAGGAAUGCUUUGCGAGAAAGAUAUGCUGGUACUAACACCUUUGAUGAAGCAAAAGUGAAGUUGCUCAAUUGUAAGCAGAAUGGUAAAUCCGUUCAAUCUUACUUUGAGGAGUUAGAAGCCUUCCAUGGAGGUUCUCCUAGUGAGGGGAAUGAGUUAGUCCUUCAUUCUAGAUUUGGAAUGCCAAGUUUACUUUGCAAGCCAAUCAAGGAAGAAAGGAUGGAUCUUGACCACCUAUAUGAUAGGGAGUUGGUUCAAGAGAGCUAUGAUCAAGGCGAUGAGAAUGUCAUUGACUUUGGGGUGCAAACCAAAGGAGAUGAAGACCUCAUGGAAAUAAGUGCUGAAGAGUAUCAAGAGAGUUUGACUCUGUGUGCUCCAUGA